GUCGCUCUGCUUUCAAAGACAUAAUCGAAAUAUAUAAAAUGCACAUGUCCUUUGUAAACCCCAUUUAGUUAUUUCACUUUCUUGAGGGUGAACACGUCGAAAAAUUUCAAUGUCGUCCGAAAGCAUCAGUACCCAUGCAAGAUAAGAAUGGUGCACUACUUCUUUUGGAGUUUGCCAAUAUUGUGCUUCGUGUUUGUGGCGAUUGCCUCGUUAGCAAAGGAGACAAACGCUCUACCUUUCUCAACCACCAACUAUGAUCUCCAGACGAAAACAGAACUACUUGAGAACCAUCCAAGGGUGAAAAGGAGCCCGUUCAUCAUGGCUUUUCAAGUUACGAAGCCUCCAGGGAUGUUUCAAAUGUCACUACGAAGACCUUACAUCAUGAACAUGAUGAGCAACUUGACCCGCUCACUCUUCUCAUCCAGUUUGACGGACAUGAUUCGACGAGGUUUCGGAUCCCUCGUCUCCUCAAGUAAUGCCACAGUCGUGGAAGGAAUAAGGUCAAGACAGGAAGAUUUAGAAUUAUUUGAUAAAUGAGGAAAUUUGUACAAUUCAGUUAUUUUGAAAUUUAAUUUCUAUGAUGUAAUUUUUAUAAGAAAUAAACUAAAACUUUUUAUUAUAAAAAAA